CAAGUCUUGUUAACUUGCAUUUCCUUCUCCCUUGCAUUGCAUUUUCUUUCCACUUCAAUAUUUCAAACUAUUCUUACUCGGUUCAACUAAGUUAUGGCUGCCAUUGUUGGAGGAGCACUUCUUUCAGCUUCCAUGGAGAUGCUGGUGAAAAAGGUUGUUUCUGGUGAGUUUCUUGAUUUGUUUCGAAGGACUAAGCUUGACGUUGACCUUUUGGAAAAGCUGGAGAUAACACUGCUGAGUCUUCAAUCUGUACUUUAUGAUGCUGAGGACAAACAGAUCGCUAACCCUGCUGUCAAGAAGUGGCUGGAGAAAUUGCAAGAUGCUGUCUUUGAAACUGACGAACUGUUUGACGAACUCAACACUGAAGCUUUAAGGUGUCAAGUUGAAGCUGAUCAGGUUCUUAAAAAGUUUUUAGAUUAUUUUAAAAGGUUUAAUAAAAAGAUCAAUUCUAAAUUGCAAAAACUAUUUGGAAGAUUAGAACAUUUGAGAAACCAAAAUCUUGGAUUGAAAGAAGCGGUUUCCAGCAGUGUUUGGAGUGUAACUCCUACAAGUCAUUUUUUGGGAGAUGAAACUGCUAUUUAUGGCAGAGAUGAUGACAAAAAGAAACUUAAAGAGUUUUUGCUGUCAGAGGAUGGUUGUGAUAGUGGAAAUAAAAUAGGAGUCAUUUCCAUUGUGGGUAUGGGAGGGUUAGGAAAAACAACACUAGCUAAACUCCUUUACAAUGACCGUAAUGUGAAGGACAAGUUUGAGGUGAGAGGGUGGGCACAUAUUCCAAAAGAUUUUGAUGUUGUCACUAUCACUAAAACCAUUCUUAAAUCUGUCACUUCAGGAACAGUUAUAGACACUGACUUAGUUAAACUCGAAGUUCAAUUGCAGCAAAAUUUAAGUAACAAAAAGUUUUUGUUAGUACUGGAUGAUAUAUGGUAUGGAAACUAUGUUGGUUGGAAUAGUCUAAGUGAUAUCUUUAAUUUUGGGCAAAUAGGAAGUAAGAUCAUCAUCACAACUCGAGAUGUAAGAGUCGCACUUCCCAAGCAAAAAUCUCUCUAUGUCCACCAUUUAAGAUCUUUGGAAACUAAAGAUUCCUGGUCUUUAUUAGCCAGACAUGCCUUUGUAGAAACAAACUACCAACAACAUCCCAAUUUAGAAAUAACUGGUAGAGAAAUUUCCAAAAAAUGUGGUGGCUUACCAUUAGCUGCAGUAGCAUUGGGGGGUAUUCUCCGCACCAAUUUGUCACAAGAUCAUUGGAAUGAUGUAUUAAACAAUAGUAUUUGGGAGCAUACAUAUGAUGAGGUGCAGCCAGCUCUCCUAUUGAGCUAUCGGUUUCUUCCAGCUUCUUUAAAAGGGUGCUUUGCUUAUUGUUCAAUUUUUCCAAAGAACUCAAUCUUAGUGAAAAAGAUGGUGGUUCAGUUGUGGAUUGCAGAAGGCUUAGUACCUCGUCCAGAAAUUGAGAAAAGUUGGGAAAAAGUAGCAGAAAAAUACUUUGAUGAACUAGUGUCAAGGUCUCUGAUACGUCAACGGUUCCUUGCUCAUGAGGAAAACAACUUUGAAAUGCAUGAUCUAAUCAAUGAUUUAGCUAUGGCAGUUUCAUUUCCGUAUUGCAUUAGGUUGGACGAACAUAAGCCAGGUGAAAGGGUGCGACACUUGUCAUACGACAUAGUAGAAUAUAACUCAUACAAUAAACUAGAAAAAUUGCAUGGACUAAAAGGUCUACGAACCAUUUUACCCACGCCGUUGCAAGCUUCAUGGUGGUAUGACAAUUCCGGGACGUGGAAGUUAUUUUUUGACUUGUUGUCAAAAAUGACACACUUACACGUGUUGUCACUUUCACACUAUAGAAAUAUCACUGAGUUGCCCAACUCAAUUGGAAAUUUGACGUAUCUGCGAUACUUGAAUCUCUCUGAAACUUGGAUUAAAAGGUUGCCUUCAGAAACAUGUAAGCUCUAUAAUUUACAGACAUUGUUGUUGUCAAGAUGCAAGGGACUCACUGAAUUGCCAAAGGGCAUUGGGAAAUUGGUGAAACUACGCCACCUUGACAUCAAAGGCACUCCAUUGGAGGAAAUGCCUGUACAACUAUCUAGACUAGAAAAUCUAAAAACAUUGUCAGAUUUUAUUGUGAGCAGCGUUAAGGAUGUUGGAUUGAAAAUUGAAGAUCUUGGAAAAUUUCCCCAUCUACGAGGAAGCCUUUCAAUCUCACAUCUUGAAAAUGUAAUUGACUCAUCUCAAGCUUCUCAAGCAAACUUGGAGAUGAAAAAAGAAAUAGACAAGUUGGAACUAGGAUGGUCUUACACUGCUCCUUCAAACUCACAAAUACAAGUACUCGAACGGUUGCGUCCGUCGACAAAUUUGAAGAGUUUGACCAUCUCUGGAUUUGGUGGAGAGAAAUUAUCAAAUUGGGUUGGAGAUCCUUUAUUUGUAAACAUGGUGUAUUUGAAGAUCACUGGGUGUAAAAAAAUUUCAGUGCUGCCAUCCCUGGGGCAACUCUGUAAUCUAAAACAACUUUUUUUUAAUAAGAUGGAAUCUGUAAAAAGUGUUGGUACUGUGUUCUAUGGAAGUGGUUCUUCUUCAUUUCAACCAUUUACGUCUUUAGAGACUCUAAUCUUUGAAGAUAUGCCAGAGUGGGAGGAAUGGAAGUUGAUUGGAGGUACAUCUAUAGAGUUUCCUAGUCUUAUAAACUUGUCUCUAAACUACUGUCCAAAACUGAAAGAAAACAUACCUGGCAACCUUCCUAAGCUUGAAACAUUGUCACUUGAAAAUUGUCCCAAACUUGAAGGGAUGACACCCAACUAUCUUCCUUCUCUUGUCGACCUUUGCUUAAAGCGUUGUCCAUUAUUGAUGGAGUCAAGACAUUCUAUUACAAACCCACCAUCUGACGUAUUCAGCCAAUUGGUGAUUUGUCUCAAUUCUCUUCAAAAGUUGACCUUAUACAGAAUUCCAUCUCUAACAUGCUUUCCGAUAGACGGUCUUCCCAAAACCUUACGAUCUCUCUAUAUUGAUUAUUGUGAGAAUCUAGAGUUCUUUUCUUAUGAAUCUUUUCAUAAUUACUCAUCACUCGAGGAUUUGCAAAUACACAAUAGUUGUAAUUCAAUGACAUCAUUUACCUUGGGCUCUCUCCCUGUCCUCAAAAGUCUAAAUAUUCACGGUUGUAAACAUUUAAAAUCCAUAUCAAUAGCAGAAGAUGCAUCGGAACCAAAUCUAGUGUUUCUUAGAAGCAUCGAGGUAGGGUAUUGCGAUGAAUUGGAUUCAGUUUCCCUAAGUGGAUUACCCAUUCCUAAACUCACUCGUUUGCAUUUGUGGAGUUGUGAGAAGUUAAAUUCUCUACCUGAAUCAAUAAAGACUCUAACUAGCCUUCAACAUAUGGGAAUUAAUGACCUUCCAAAUCUACAAUCAUUUUCCAUAUAUGAUACGCCUAUCAAUUUGCGGAAACUGUCGGUCGGCAAAGUUGGAGGGAUUUUGUGGAAUAAAACUUGGGAACAUCACACUUCUCUUUCAGAGUUAUAUCUUAAGGGUGGUGAUAUUGUGAAGGAGCUGAUGAAAAGGCAAGCUCCGUUUCUACCCACUAAUCUCGUUUCCUUAGCGAUCGCUGAUCUUGAAGAUAUAGAAGGCUUGGAUGGGAAGUGGCUUCAACAUCUCACCUCUCUCCAUGAACUUGUGAUUUUAGGUGCACCCAAGCUCAAGUCGUUGCCAGAAAAGGGGGAACUGCCUUCAUCUCUUAUAAAACUGCAUAUCGAUGGCUGUCCCUUAUUGGCAGCGGAAUUGCUGAGGAAGAAAGGGAGAGAGUGGCGGAAGAUUUCUCACAUUCCCAAAAAAAUAUAUACGGAUGAGUUUUCGUUUCUCUUUGGGUUCAAAUUGAAAUGAAAUGCUUCCUCUUUCUCACGUCAAAACCCAUUUUAUUCUUGCUGCUGACAUGGGUCACUGAAAAGGAUUGAUAAAAGUCACAUUCUCAAAGAGGAUAUCAUAAAUGGGUUGCUCAAGAACUCUAAAAUUAAGGUUGAUUCAAAGAUGAAGGAGAUUCAAAGAGAACAAAUUGCAAAGCGAGAGACAAAACAAUUCAACAUUGUUGUGCAUGGCUUGGGAUUGCUAGCAUGUUUCUGGAAGAGUGACUUCAACACGCUGUCUGAAGAGGUGAAGAAAGUGUGCAGAAGAAACGAGGAAAAGAGUAUUGUAAGAUUGCUCACAUUCCUUAUAGAUUAUGAAUUGAUCUUAUUCACAUUCCUUGCAUCAUGUUCCGAUCGGGGGCUGAAAUUCAGAAUUCCAAUUGCAGACAAGUCAGAUUUCUAAAUUCUAAGAUGGUGAAGAUUCUAAGAGAGCACAUUGGAAGCUAGAUAGAAAACAAGUACAACUGUCAGGCACAGUGAUGGAGAAAUCUAGAGGAUCAACUGGACCUCACAAACCAAGAGUACCAUCGAUGAAUCAUUUAACCAAAUGAUGCACUCUGUAAGGCUUCAAGAUGGGACAACAAACUUUGCACAUGGCUAUCCCAGCUUUGCAGUCUCUGUUGGGGUUCUAUAUCGAGGAAAACCUACUGCUGCUACAGUGAUGAGUUGGAAUCCCUACUUUCAAAGCACGACAGUCUAACGGUUGUACCAUUAUCAAAUCAUAACUAAAUACCAUGAUUCGUACAGAAGGUGUUCUCACGUUAAAUAUUUUUAGCUAUAUUUCAUUGAAGUCAAUUAUUCAGGUGUUGUUCAAAUUGUGGGCUUCCUCAACAUUGUUGUGCAUGGCUUGGGAUUGCUAGUAUUUUUUCGGAAGAGGUGAAAAAUCAUGCCCCAACAGCAGUUUCUAUGGAUCAGUUCUCAUUUUUACACAUCUCUAAUCUUUAAUUGAUAUAAUGGCUGGAUGGAAAGUGACUUCAACAUAUUGUCAGAAGAGGGGAAGCAAGUGUGCGGAAGAAACGAGGAAAAGAGUAUUGUAAGAUUGCUCACAUUCCUAGCAUGCGUAUAGAUUAUGAAUUCAUCAUAUUCACAUUCCUUGCAUCAUGUCCCGAACUCCAAUUGCAGACAAGUCAGAUUUCUAAGAUGGUGAAGAUUCUAAGAGAGAAAAUUGCAAGCUAGCUAGAAAACAAGUACAACUGUUGGGUGGGCACACUCAUGGAGAAAUCUAGAGGAAUUGCAAAAUUACUUAUGGAUCAUCUGGACCUCACAAACCAAGAGGAUAACCGACAAAGCAUUUAACGAAAUGACGCAGUCUGCAAGACUUCAUGGUUAUUCUGAAAAGGCAUUUGUUAAAAGUAUGUUUGAUUUUGGAUUGUUUUGCGUUGGGAAGGAGUUUGUUAAAGAUGCUGCCACCGAUACUAUUUUGAUGAGAUUUUGGCACCUUGAAAAUCUGGUUAGAUCUUCAAGGAACAGAAGAGAGCCAUCAUGGAAAGACUCAAAGAGUUUAGUUGAGCAUAGCAACAACUUUGCCUAGUUUUGUCAGAGACACUGCAACACCUUUUUAUUGAUUUUUGUUUUCUGAUGAAUAGGUUAUCGAGUUCAGUCGCUGUAAUAAAUUGUAACAUGUAAAACAUAAAUAUGAUUAAUAAAACGGAACUGCAGCUGCUCUGUAGUCGGAGACGUAGGCAUAAUUGGCCGAACUUCGUUAUCAAAUAUCGUGUGUUCUCUUUAUGUAUUUUUGUCGUAUUUGUUUAGUUUUGAAUUGGAAUUGUUGUUUUAACAGUUUAAAAUAUGUUGAAUUUUGAAUCCUUUUCUUGCGCUGUAGAGAUGUCGUGAGUUUAGCAAAAGUAUAUCACAACAAAUUGAUAAUUAAGUGGCUGAAAACAUGUGUGUUUAUUAAUGCAGUUCUCUUGUGAACACUGAUCUUGAGAAGCAAGGGAAAUGUCACAUGAAAGGAAUGUUUUCAUAGUAUGGACUGGUAAACAUGCUGCCAUGAUAAAGUGAUGGAGGAAACUAUUAGCACAUUAAUUUUCAUAGAUAUAUGGAAGGGUUGCGGAAACUAAUGACCAUGUAGUUACUAUAGAAGUUAUUGUGUUAGAUGUUAGGUAGGAAGAAGUUGCAGAGCCUUCAAUGGGAGUGAGUUAAUCUUCUCCCAAGGAUAUUUUGUCGUAAUGUUUAUUGAUGUAUCAAUAUGCCUAGUUCUAAUGGAGGAUUGUGGGAUAUGAGGAUAAAGAUGUAAUCUCGAAGAUGAGUGAUGACUCAUAGGUUAUACUUGCUUAGAGUGUGGAGUUUGUCCAUAUUACUUUGAAAAGUAGAAUGAUUAUAGUUGGAUGACUAUGCUAUUCUUUUUAGAGAGGAUUAAUAUUUGUAGGUGAAUUGUUUUCAUUUUGUGGGACGACGUACA